CAACAUUAAUUACAAUUGUGGAAAAAUAACAAAUAUAACACGCGCCAAGAGGUCGAUAAAACUACUACACAUAAAAUGUAACCGAUAUAUAUAACCGAGAUAAAACUAAUGUGCUGCUAUCCAAAACAGCGCUGCAACUGCGCUGCGCGUUAAUUCCUUUCCCUUUUUAACGUGCGUUUGCGACGCACAUUCAUACACAUGUAUGUAGAAUUGAGUCCAAAAUCUAAUAGCUUUGGUAUAAAUAUGGAGCCCGACAAGCUGCAGCCAGUAAUGUCCGAUCCGGUCCAGUCAUAUAAGACGCGAGCCAAAAUGAAUCCGGCUAAGAAAGAUAAUGAGAAACGGCGACGAAAGGAUGCUAUACGAAAGGUCUCGCAGAUUUUACGCAAAUGCGACUCGCUACGCACCGCCGAGGAUCGACAAUUUCUGGAAAAGCAUCCGGAUAUCGUGAAAACGACAAAAAAGCGCAAGGAGCGCAUUGAGAUAUACAAAGAGCGAGUUGUCGAGAAGGAAGACGAGCCGCACGUUAUCGAGGCUAAGGUAGAGCAGCUGGCUAAUAUCAUAUCGCAAGCAAAGCAUUUAAUAUGUUAUACGGGUGCCGGCAUCAGCACUGCGGCUCUAAUUCCCGAUUAUCGUGGCAGCAAGGGAAUCUGGACCCUGCUUCAGAAGGGCAAGGAUAUUGGCGAGCACGAUCUGUCCAGCGCCAAUCCCACCUAUACGCAUAUGGCGCUCUAUGAGCUGCAUCGGCGCCGCCUGCUGCGGCACGUUGUCUCACAGAACUGCGAUGGCUUGCACCUGCGCUCCGGCAUGCCGCGACAUUCACUCUCCGAAAUACAUGGUAACAUGUAUGUGGAGGUCUGCAAGCACUGCAAGCCGAAUGCAGUCUACUGGCGCCAGUUCGACGUGACCGAGAUGACGGCACGCUACUGCCAUAAGACGCAUCGGUUAUGCCACAGGUGCUCGGAGCCGCUCUACGAUACCAUCGUGCACUUUGGUGAGCGAGGCAAUGUGAAGUGGCCCCUGAACUGGGAUGGGGCCACGCAGCAUGCGGAGCGAGCGGAUGUUAUACUCUGUUUGGGCUCUAGUCUGAAAGUGCUUAAGAAAUACACCUGGCUCUGGCAGAUGGACAAACCGCAGCGGCAGCGCGCCAAGAUUUGCGUGGUAAAUCUGCAGUGGACGCCCAAGGAUAAUAUAGCCAGCAUCAAGAUUAAUGGCAAAUGCGAUAGCGUCAUGGCGCAGCUGAUGCGUCUGCUCAACAUAACGGUGCCCGUCUACAGCAAGGAGAAGGAUCCAAUUUUUGCGCAUGCCACGCUGCUAAUGCCCGAGGAGCUGCAUACACUAACACAGCCGUUAUUAAAGAAUGCCGACGAGGAGGAGGCGGGUGAUACACAAUCCUGCACGACGACAACCGAGGAGACGCAGGAUUCUACCAUUUCCGGCGAUAGCUACAGCGAUUUGCCCAUUGGCCGUGGACCACGCAUACGUACGCCUAUCAAAAAUGGUCGGCGCAUCAAGACUAAUUUGGAGAUUCGGCAAAAGUAUGUGCCAAUGUCAAAUGAUAGCGCCGAGGAAGAAAAGCCGGAGCUUCAGCUGAAAACUGAAACGGAAACCGACUUCAAAGUGAAGACUGAAACGGAAACGUUGACGCUGUGCGAGCUGAAGCAGGAAACGAAAGCUGAUGAUGAUCUGAUUGAUACUAGUCUGGAAAUUACAUGCAUCAAGCAGGAGGUGGUCCCCAAGCUGGAGCCGCUGACGCCCAAGUCUGAACCGCCAAGUGAAGCCACAAAUGGGCAUCAGCAUAAAAAUGGUCUCAUAGAGCUGCCGAAACUAGUCGCCAUACAGAAAUCCUAUGCGGAUGUAAAUAGCUGCCCGGGUCUGUGCUUGUUGCCUGUGGAGUUGCGACUAGAGCCGCGCUUGGAAUGUCUGGGCAGCUUGCCACCAGUGCAGCUGCCGCCGCUGGUGCCAAUUGGUGCGCCGCUAUACACGCCCUUCGUACAGCCCCAGAUUCAGCCGCAGCUCGUGUUGCCUCCAUCACUGCAGUCGCUAAACCUGCAAAGCGACAGCGCCACCUGCUCUGCAGAAUCCACCACAGAAAACGACGACGACGGCUAUGAUGACGACAGAGAUGUGGAGGAGGAAGAAGAACAGUUUGCCAUGGCACAAAUGGAUUUGCUGCGAGGCCACAGCGAUCACGAGUUGCUCCGUCAGCUGCCCAGCUGGUAUGAUGCCAAGUAUGCGUAUUCGGGCCUACACAGUAUAUUGAUUCCGCCGCCUUCUGAUCUCAACAUUUGGAACUUGCAAGUGGUGCCGAACUUUGCGAUGAAUCGCUCCGCCGCCAGCUGUGAGUUCUGUUUUGAUCGCUAUGCCGAGCUCGAGUGCCAGUUCUAUCGCCGUUGGCAUCUUAGCCAGCGCAAGCAUAAAAAAAGAGCGAGCAGCGGCCGCUUUGUCGUCUGCGAAUGCUGUCCGACCAGCGACGAUGACGAUGACUACGAUGAGAACAUCUCACUGGCGCACAUAGCUGCCGCCGAGACGGCCAAGCGUCGAAUGCAGCUGAACCACAGUUUUCCACGCAAACUGGCCCGCACCCAGGCCGGCUGGUAUGGCAAGGGCUAUAAAAAGGGCCGCAAGCGCAGAUAGAUGCAGCCGCCAGUACACCCGAUGUCGCUUCAAUAGUAUUUGAGCAUAGUCUAGUAGUUAUAGUAAUAAGCAUAGUAUUAUAAGUACAUCGACAUAAAUAUAUUUAUAUAUAUACUUAGCUCGUA